AUGCCUCUCCAGGAGCAAGGGAGGACACUUAUAUCAGCACAAGAGCUUAGGUGCCAAUGUGUAAAAACAGAGAGCAAGCCAAUAUCUCACAGACAUUUCCUGAACCUGGAGGUGAUCCCAAAAGGCCCACACUGCAAGCAUGUGGAAGUGAUAGCCACCAUGAAAAGGGGUCUGCAAGUGUGUUUAGAGCCUACAGCUCCAUGGGUCAUAAGGAUCAUCGAAAGAUUUUUAAAUACACACCCUUCACCAAACACUGGUUUCGAUCCAAGUGUGACCUCAUUUAGCCCACAGACAAGUUAG